AUGUCCACGUCGCCCGAGUCCGAUGUCCCUAAAUCCGACCAUCCUCGUCCCGCCAUGUCCUUCCCCUCCUGCAAGUCUGAAUGCAUCGCCGAUGGACUCGCCGCGGUGCGCGAUGACGGGGACGCCCAGUUUGACGCGUCCGCCAGGAGUUGGAACGAGGGUGCCCAGACCGCCGCCAUUGAGCAGCUAGUCACCCUUAAGCAGGGGCUGAGGGCCUCGGAUACCGAGCCGUUCUGGAAACGGCUCAUGGAGGACCUCACUUCGAUCAGCAAGGCUCAGUAUGGCUUUGUCGCUCGACGGAUACACGGCGGCGAGCCCCUGCCUGAACUAGGCGGGCGCCGGCCGUCGCUCUUCGGGGCAGUGUUCUACUACAACGACGGGUAUCAGAAUGUCGGACUGCAGCGAAACCGGUAUUUCGCAGGUGGCAACCCGCUUUUACAUAUGGAUCAUGAACGGCCGUGCCUUAUACCUGAGAAUCUCAAAUCCCUUGUGUCGUUUGGUGACGACCAACUGCCUUUCGCCGCCGACGCGUACCUGGCGAUUCCGCUCUUCUCGGCUGGCAAAUGCCUGGCCCAUCUCGGGUUGAUGUGGUCCAAGGACGGCGUACGAACUCGAAGCUUGUCUUGGUCAUUUCUCGAAAUGCUCCUGCAUUCCCUGGAGGACCUGAUCGUUCAACGACUCUUGCUAGACGACCUUUUCCCCGAUGACCAAGAUGCCGAGUCUCCGACCCUCAAUUCUCCCGCAUUUUCAAACCCCAACCACGACCAUAUUCCUGAUUCCUCUCAUUUCACCACCCAUCCUCUCAAACCCUACGCUAAGAGUCUAUCACAUGAGCUGCGAACUCCGAUGCAAGGUGUGGUGGGCAUGCUGGACGUGAUGCAUGCCACCGUGCGAGAGGCCAUGGAAAGCAAGACCCCUGUCAAGUCCGGCGGUGUUUUCCAAGCUCUCAAAGAGGGCAUUGAGAUGGUUCAGGACAGUGCACGGCGGGCCGUCGAAGCCGCCGACAACGUCGUCCAUGCCUAUGAUCUGAAUAUGCAGGUUCCGAAAACACCUCAGCGGGAGCAAGAGAACGGAUUUCUUAUCGACCCAGUCCUCGCCACCGAUUCUACUGAAAUCCGCCCCAGCAUCUUCAUCGAAGGAAACCACAUUGCAGUGAACCCAUAUAAAAGGCGACGAAGUCUUCCCCUGGACGUGAAUAAUCGCCCGGCCCGAAAGCAGAGACUUCGUGCAGCAUCUUCGCGACAUGGACUCUCCCCCCGCAGCGAGGAAGUCAAGAACGCGGUUCACGAAAGUGAACAGAUCGUUCAUGCUACGCCAGCACGCCAGAUUGAAGCAGUCAUGGCCAACAUGGUGGACCCGCAACCGUCACUCGCAGUUCGACGAUCGGCUCCUCAUUUGCUCCUAGAGGGCAUCAAUAUGAAUUUGCGAAGCCCAGCCCUUCGAUUUACCAAACUGCGGGAUCUUCUUCGCUUGGUGAUCAACGAGUCUCUCCACGUCGGCGGCCGACCUGAUUCAGCGAUCGGCCAGGCGACUGAGUUUGGCGAGAAGAUUGAGAUUAGAUCCCGGUCGUCGAAUGGCGAGUUCUUUACCAAGACUGUGGAGUGGUCUGUUGAUCCUGCUCUCCCCGAUACUCUUCUUGCCGACGACAGAGAUUUGGCCAAGUUGAUCUCUUGUGUUUUCUUGAACGCCAUAAAAUUCACUAAUAAUGGCACAAUUACCGUUUGUGCGACUGUAGGCUCUAAAGCCAGCGAUGUCUUGAUUCUUGUGCGCGAUACUGGCCCAGGCAUUCCCGCGGCAUUCUUGCCCAAUCUUUUCAAGGCUUUUUCCCGGGAAGAUGCAUCUACCACUCGCAGCAAGGACGGUCUAGGAUUAGGCCUCCUUGUGGCCAAGGGACUCUCGCGGAAGAUGGGCGGUGAUUUGAUUUGCGUUCGCUCCUCCACUACGGGACCCGAUCGUGGUUCUGAAUUCCAGAUUCGAGUUCCCGUGAACCAGCAUGAGGCCUAUAACCGUCCCGGGACCCCGAAAGAGAGAAUGAUGACACCCCCAACCUUCAAUGACCAUUCCCGACAUGGCAGCGCCAGUAGCUUCAUCUGGGAGCCCACGUCAUCUGCCUCGCCCUCCGUUGCCCAGACCCAGCAACUCCAGCAACCGACUCCAAAUACCACCGAUGAAAAUACAUCUCAAAGCUCGACACCGCCGCGGACACUGUCGCAAUCUCGGCCCAACCGGACUUUGGGCGACACAUACGACAAGAAGCUCGGAGAGAAAUUUCCUCUGCGAUUCCUCGUUGCUGAGGACAAUCGGAUAAACCGUCGUGUGCUGGUCAAUAUGCUGCGCAAGCUGGGUUACCGAGACGUUCUCGAGGCGGCCAAUGGCAGAGAAGCUGUACGAAUUGUGCAAGACAUCCUGUCCGCUUCGUCAUCCAUUCAUAGUUCCCCGACGGAUGAAGAAGGCGGCCCAUCCACCCAACAGCCUAUUCCUGGGAUGAAGCCUAUCGACAUCGUCCUAAUGGAUCUCUGGAUGCCAGAAAUGGACGGGUAUGAGGCAACAUCUCGCAUUCUUCAGAUGGUCGAUGACCACCAGAGCCAGUACAUCGGUGCGGACGACGAUGCUCGCCGGAUGAGCAUCACCACCAGCUCGGACGACAUGGACAUGGAUACCGUCACCAGCUCCCUCUGUGCACAGCGUCCUCCCACCGUCCUCGCUGUCAGCGCAGAUGUCACUGACGAGGCGUUGAACCGUGCCUCCAAAGUGGGGAUCAAGGGCUACAUGACUAAACCCUACAAACUGUCGGACUUAGAACGGCUCAUCCUUGGAUUCUGUGGUGGUCCGAUUGAAACAGUCGUGACGGAUAUCUAG